AUGAACAUGUUAGUUUCAGAACAAAAGGAACUAAUGAAGCGAGAGCAUACAAAUUUACUUGAUGAAUAUAAUGAUUGUAUUGAAUGGCAGAGGUUGCUCUGGUUGAAGCAGCCGUAUCCAGAUAAUUAUACUGAUUCGAAGUUUUUAGAGGUGCUCAGUGAGAUUAAGUGUCCGAAGCCCAAUAGCCAAGGAUGCUCCGACUAUUUCACUGUGAUGAUAGACUUUCUUACAUUCCACCACACUUUGGUUAACAGCUCACUAAUAUAUGUUAUAUUCAUCCUAGUUUAUCGUUAUCACUAUUCACCUAUAGCAUUGGCAGGUAUCACUACUCUGUUUUCUUCUUUCUCAUAUCAUUCUGUUUCUAAUCUUAAGUCAUCAAUGAUUAUUGUUUUUACGAUGCUAACCUUAUCGCCAAUUUUGAAAACACUUUCAAGAACUACUACCUCUGACUCCAUUUGGAAUUUGUCGUCUUGGUUAACGAUCAUUUAUGUGGUGUGCCUUUCAUGUUCUAAGUCCUCUGUUCUACCGACGAAUAUUCUACUUUCAAAUGUCACUGUUCUAGCUUCAAGAUUGAACACCACACCAGAGGUAUUUUGUUUUCUCUUGAUUUGCAUAGAGCUGAAUAUAUUUCUACCUUCUUUCGAAUCCAAACUCAGGUUCGAACGGAACUACAUUGCAUAUAGCAUCAUUAUUGCAGUGACUCAUGUUAUUGUGUACACUUUUAUUACCAUGACACUUGGCUGGUCUUACUCUUUACCUAUGGUGACGUUGUCAAUAGCCUUUAUAUUCAUAUUACCUUGGUAUUUCAUACAUUGGCAACGGAACUAUUAUAGGGGACACCAGUUACUCUCUACGUGGGAUGCCAAAAUUCCUAUACUAGAUUAA